AUGAGAGGACUCUCCAGAAAAUCCGGUGGAUCAAUCUUCCCGAUCAUCGCAAUUCUCACCGUUUACUGGCUAUUCACCGCCGCAACCUCCCAAUCCACCGGUUACGCCGUCGAUUUCAUGCCGAUCGAGACAGAGUGCACUGGUUCCAUCGCCGAGUGCUCGACGGCGGAGUUCGAGAUGGACUCUGAGAUAAACCGGCGCAUCUUAGCGACUACGAGGUACAUCAGCUACGGUGCGCUGAGGAGAAACACAAUUCCUUGCUCUCGACGCGGCGCAUCUUACUACAAUUGCCGACGUGGAGCUGAGGCCAACCCUUACUCUCGUGGCUGUAGCGCCAUUACUCGUUGCAGGCGAACAUAA